AUGGGGUGGGCUGCCAUGGAUUUCGAUGAGGACCACAUGAUAAUGAACCACAACCAAUUCUACCCACACGAACAGCAGAAUCCGGGGAAGCCGUGGAGCAACACGGUCGACGAUGAGUUUCAGAAGGCGCAGUGCGAACUGCUGGUGGACCACCCCGCUCCGAUUUGCGUUCAAGAGGUACAGUACCCGUCGGAUGGGCAGCUGAUGCCGCUGGACUUUCGGCGUUCCGAAAUGGAUCCAGCGGUUGUGUUUCAAGGCAACAACAAUAACGAAGCGUGUGAGUCAGAUAUGUUGGGAGACGAUACAGAAAUGAGCACGUUUUUCAGAUCAUCAAGUGCAGCAGCAAGACCGGUACAACUACCAGUGUUUGGAGUCUCUCGACUUUCAGCGAAACGAGCCCAAAAGUCCCGCUUCGAAUACUGUUCUUCUUGAGGUGAGCUUUUAGGAGACUUCAAAAUGCUUCUGAUUCCCGGUACUGUUUUAGAAGGCCAUCCAGAGGGAGAAGAACAAAAUCUACUCGGCGAACAGUCUGAAAAAGAAGAAGACGGCGUUUCAGAAUGCAGGCGAAAGUGUGGCCAAACUGCAGAAGAAGGUCGAGGAGCAGAGUGCGAAGAACGCAAGAGAAGAGCAUUUGCUCAACUUUGCCUUCUACAACGUGCUGCUCGCGCCGUCCUCGAACAGUUUGAACAAUGAGGUGGAGUGGAGUGGCGAGCGAAUCGAGCAUUUCGCCAAUGCUUUGAACGAGGAGAAGAGGCGAAUUGAGUUGAGCACGGAAGAGACACGUCUUCACGACGCGGAGCUGAUUGAGAAGGUGCAAAAGUUGGCGGAGGCGGAGAAGAUGCUCGCGGAAGCCGAGUACAAUCUCAAGAACAAGCACGUGAUGGCCGCACAACUCGGGAUCGCGCCCGGAACUUUUGGAUCGCGGAGGACUCGCGCCAAGGACCUGCACCAGUACUGUGACUGCGAGUACUUGAUUGUGUGGAAUCGGCAUGUGAGUCGGCUCUAUCGGCUCACGGCGACCAAAAGUCUAGAAAGGGGGGCGUGGCCUUUCUGAAAAUUGUCGCAAUUCCAGCACUUUUCCGCCAUUUUUGUGUGUGUUGAUAUCGACGAAAGAAGAGACAUUAAAGAGAGAAAAAAUCGAUAUUUUCGUGAAAACGCCGCGUUUGAGACGUUUUUGGCAUAUUUCGCAAUUUCGGAAUUUUCAUACCGGCCGAUCUGAAUAGUUUUGAGACGAAGUGAGUGUCGGAAGUGAUUAAGCACGUUCAUACACGUAUUUUAAGCGAUCAAACGGCAAAAAGUAUCGGCGAAUGACUGAAAUUCGCGCAUUUUCAGCACAAAACUUGAAAAUCGCAUCAAUUGAUUGAAUUUUUGAAUGUUAGCUCAAAAAGUGCGCGCGAUGAUUAGUUUAACAAAGUUAUGCAAUUACAUCGUUGAAAUCGCACAAAACGUGGGUAAUUUUUGACGAAAAACAUGAAAAAAAUGGGGUUAAAUUUCGAAUUUCGCGCCAAAAUGGUGACAAAACCGUGCACGCUAGGCCACGCCCCUUUCUAUGUUUUUUUUGGUCGCCGUGCGGCUCACUUAAAAGUGAAUGCGCUCCGUUACAAUUGAGAUCUCCAGGCGGGGCACAGUGAAAAAAAAACGGUGGGCCUCGGAGAUCACAAAACUGAUUGCAUUCACUUUGAACUUGUGAUUUUGCGGCCCGGAUCCUGAAAAUACUGUGUCAAACGUAUCGAAUAUUGUACAGCCGGUUGAAAACUGAUCAAAUUCAUGUUCAGGAGCUCGUCAAGCUGCAACGAUUAAACAAAUUGCUCAACGAGCACUGGAGUCUUGUGCGUCCGUCCGUCUGCGAAAUUCUCGAAACGUCUGGAGGAGUGUUGGCGGCGAGAAGUGGUCAGAUCGACGCAUUCCGCGCUUUGUACCACUUCCUUGCUCUCAAUCCCGGAUAA